UUUCAUUACAUAUCCAACCAAAAAAAAAACCUCUCUAUAAUGGAAUCCAAAACCAUAAACAACGUCGUCGUAUCAGAGUCGAAUCACGAGUUAGCAUCUUCGUCGCCAUCAGAAUUCGAGAAGAACCAGAAACAUUACCAAGAAAUCAUCGCUAAGCUUCCUCACAAAGAUGGCUGGAGACCAAAAGACCCAUUCGUUGAUUACGGUGGUCACUGGUGGCUACAACCUCUCCUUGAAGGUUUACUUCACGCCCAGAAGUUCUUCAAGGCACGACCCAAUGAUUUCUUCGUCUGCAGCUACCCAAAAACCGGCACCACUUGGCUCAAAGCCUUAACUUUCGCAAUCGCGAAUCGCUCCAAGUUCGACGAUUCAACAAACCCUCUUCUCAAACGCAACCCACACGAGUUUGUGCCUUACAUCGAAAUCGAUUUCCCGUUUUUCCCAAGUGUUGAUGUUCUUCAAGACGAAGGAAACACGCUUUUCUCAACUCAUAUCCCUUACGAUCUCUUACCUGAAUCAGUUGUGAAAUCUGGUUGCAAGAUUGUUUACAUAUGGAGAGACCCAAAGGACACGUUUGUGUCGAUGUGGACUUUUGCUCACAAGGAGAGAUCACAACAAGGAUCACUCAUUAGCCUUGAGGAAGCUUUUGAUAAAUACUGUCAAGGUUUAUCUGCUUACGGUCCUUAUCUUGAUCAUGUUUUAGGGUAUUGGAAAGCUUACGAAGCAAACCCAAAUCAGAUUUUGUUUCUCAAGUAUGAGACUAUGAGAGCUGAUCCGUUGCCGUAUGUGAAGAGAUUAGCUGAGUUUAUGGGUUAUGGAUUCUCAGAAGUGGAAGAGGAGGAAAAGGUUGUUGAGAAAGUUGUGAAGCUUUGUAGCUUUGAGACUUUGAAGAAUCUUGAAGCUAAUAAAGGUGAGAAAGAUAGAGAAGAUCGUCCUGCUGUUUAUGCCAAUAGUGCGUAUUUCAGGAAAGGGAAAGUUGGGGAUUGGCAGAAUUAUCUGACUCCGGAGAUGGUGGCUCGUAUUGAUGGUUUGAUGGAAGAGAAGUUUAAAGGAACUGGCUUUCUUACUUCAACAUCAUGAAUGUGAUCUUCUUUUGUCUUGUUUUCGAGCUAUGACUGUCUAAUUCUUAUGAUCUUUAUGCUGGUUUAUAGCAUAAGUUGCUUUUGUUUAUUAGUAUAGUUUCCUUUGAUGAAUCUGUGUCGAAGUGUUGUAUUAUUGCUGAGUAUAUCUAUCAAUAUAUGUAUGGAAUUAUUGGUCAUAAACUAAUGAUGUUGUC